AUGUCGUCUCAAGGCUUGCUCGAUCUCGAUCUGGUGGUGUACAUGAAAUCCGAAUUUCUAGGCGAUGACGAUGAACCCAUUGAAAUCGCGCACUUGAUGUCCAAUCUAGCCAUCGCCUUGUUGGUUGGAGGUCUGUGUGUCCACUUGGUGGGCUCACCGGUCCUUGUACCUUCCAUGGAGGAAGGCGAGGUCUGCAAUGGGUUGUGUCUCGGAAUGGAGACAAUUGGUCGGAUGGUGAUGUGA